AUGCCAUGUCAACAAACAUUAACACACGUAUGGACCAUUGAUAAGAGAAUAGUUCUGUAUUACAAAAAUGUUGCUGAUGUCAGCAAUUUUCUAAAAUUUAGAAUCUGUAUUGUGUUCAAAGUUGUUCCAGAAUUGACAGCUCGAAACACUAAUGAGCUGUUUGGUGAAGAUUUAGCGAAUGAGCGCACUGUACGUCGAUGGUUUGAGAAGUUCUGGUCUUGUGAAUUUCCUCUUGAAAAUCAGCUCCAUGGUAGACGUGAGACUAAGGUGGAUAAUGAUGAACUGGAAACUGUAGUGGAAGCGGAUAUAUCUCAAACUACGCGUGCAUUAACAGCGAGGUUUGAUGUUUCCAUUCCAGUUGUACUGGACCAUUUUAAACAAAUCGGCAAAGUAAAAAAGUUGGACGAGUGGGUACCAUAUGAACUAAAUGAGCUUCAAAUCACACGUCGUCUUGAAACUUGCUCUUCUUUGUUGUCACAGCAUAAAAGCGAACCAUUUUUGCGGUGUAUGUUACGUAUGAUGCAAAUGGAUUCUUUUCAAAAAUAG